CUCUCACACACUUGCACCUCGCCGCCACCCGGCCACCUCUCGCACCUUGACAGCGGCGCACCACUGCCGCAGGCGCCAGCAUGCCGCCGCCCGAGAUCGACCCCGACGACAGCCAGGAGUCGGAGCUCGUGCCGUCCGACGACAGCCAGGAGUCCGAGCUCGUGCCGUCGGACGACAGCGAGGAGAGCGAGCUGCUGCCGACCGACGACGAGCGCGAGCGCGACGGUGCGAGCGGCUCGGAGCGCAGCGCCAGCCGCUCGCGCUCAGGCUCGGCGGCAUCGGCGUCGCUGGCACGCGCCGACAUUGCGCCGCAGCGCUCACGCCGAGCAGCAGCAGAGAAGGCGCAUCUGGCGUGGGACGAGGGGCGCUCGAGCAGGUCGCCGCAGCCGCCCGCGGGCAACGGCGAAGAUGCAGAUGGCGCACGGCGCCUGGAGCCGCCUGGCGACGUGCGCAACGAGGCGGGCCCCUCGGUUCCGCGCAAGCCAUCCGCCGAGCCCGGCCGUACGGGCCUCGAGCAGCCGGACGCGGCAGUGCAGACGCCGAAGCGCCGAGGACGGCCGGUCAAGGGCGCCAAUGGCUCCGACACGCCGGCCAGCAAGGCUUCGUCGCGCGGCAAGGCGACGCCAAAGAGUAAGCGCCGCCUGUCGCACGACGCCGAGUCGCCUGCGCACAAGCGCCGGCAGACGAGCGUCGCCUCCAGCACGUCGCAGCUGCUCGGCUCACUGGCGGCGUCCGAGGCAGAUCCCAGCGCAAACGCCUCGAUGGUACAUCCAACAUCGUCCGAUGCGUACUUUGCCGCGCACGCCCCCUCGGCCGCUUCGCGCGCCCGCGAUGCGACGUCGCGCGAGCUUCUCUCGGCCAAGCUGCCGCCGCUGCAGCCUGCGGCGCUGCAUGCCCUCUCGUCGCUGUCGCCGAGCCCGCCGCACCUGCCCGUCGCGCACUGGGACGCGCUACACCCGCGCUGGCUUGGCCUGCUAGCCGCUGGCUUUCCGAUUCUCUACCACGGCCUCGGCGACGCGCGGCCUGCGCUCGAGCGCUUCGUCUCGCGCAUGGCCGAGCAGGGCGAGGGCGCCGUGGCCGUCGUGCGCGGCGAGGCUCUCGUGCGCUUCGACGAGCUGCUCUCUGCAGCCGAAGCUGCCGGCAGUCUGCCCAAGGCCAGCGCCUCCGCCGACGAACACGCCUCGACCGUCGAAGCGCGCGCAGUAGCCAUCGCCCAGGCCUACGCCGACGACCGCGAGAGCAGAAAGGCGCGCCCGCCGCUCUUCCUGCUCGUCCACGAUGCCGGCGCGCCGGCGCUGCUCGCACCGAGAGCACAGGCCGUGCUCGCCAUUCUGGCGGCGGCGCCGCGCCUGCGCCUGCUCGCCUCGGUCUCGCACGCGCGAGCGGGUGCCCUGGCGGGCCUUGGCGGCCCAGACUGGAUCUGGGAGAGCCUCUCGACGUUCGUGCCACGCGAGAUCUCCUCUCGGGCUGCGCGCACCGCCGGCCUGCCUCGCACGCUGCAUCUCGGCGGCGCUGCAAGCGCGUCUGCACCGGGCGUGGCUGGCGCCGGCGGCCUCGUCGCAGCCAACGCGCCGGACCUCUCGGCAGCAUCGGCGCUGCACGUCUUCAAGAGCGUCACGUCGUCGGCGCAGCAGCUCUUCCUGCGCGUGGCGGCACUGCAGCUCGGCACGCACGCCAACGGGCUCUCGUACGCCGAGCUGGGCGCGCUGGCGGCGCGCAACUUCAUCGCCAUGAGUGCCGGCUCGCUGGCGCAGGUGGUGCACGAGUUCACCUCACACGGCCUGCUGCGCCGCGUCGAGGCGCCGCAAACACAAGCGCAGCCGCAGCAGCAGAGCCAGAGCGGCGGCAUGGGCCAGCUGGGCGCCGGCGGCGACCAGGGCCUGGCGGCGUUCGGCGCCGAUGCCGUGGUGCGCCUGGCGAUGAGCAAGGAGGAGCUGGAGCGCGCCGUCGUGCUGUGCAAGGAGGCCGCCGCGCAGGGCCGGCAGUAGCUGGCGUCGUGCCGCGAAUGUAACAAUAGGCAUGUGGGCCACGAGGAGGCAGCGGAGUGUCGAAGCCACUGCAUCGUCUCACGCGAGCCGCGAGCAGACCCACGAGUAGAGCGUGCGCGAACUUGCGUGCGCCUCUCGCGUUUCUCGGGAGUGGCUUUGCGGCC